UAUGACGUAAACUGCAAAAUAUAUAAUUUCCAAUCAACAACAGUGACGAUCUGAAUGAAUGGAACUUUGUUCCCUUUGCUUUCGUUUUUUGUUGCAUAACUAUAACUAACCAUUAUUUUUGAGUCGAUCAUUUAUAAUUCCAGAACGCACGAUUUCUAUUUCAUUGUCUCAUGUGUCACUGUCACUAUUUUUCAGUUUGUGUCACUGUCACUAUUUUUCAGUUUGUGUGGAUUCUAUGGGUACAAUGUGCCACUGGUGUGUGUAGGGGAUUUGUGCACGACAGGCUUAAAUCGUCAAGGGAAGACCCCGCGGGUAUGGGAAGAGCACACCUGCAUUCUACAUCUCCAUACAUGCCAACAUCUAGUUCCUGCAGAAACAGGUGUUUUGAACUGGUUGAGAUGGAACCGCCAAACUGUCGUUGUGACAAUCUAUGUAAGACCUACAAUAGCUGUUGCUCUGACUUUGACCGUCUCUGCCUCAGGACAGAUGGUGGCUUUGAGUGCAAUAAAGAUCGCUGUGGGGAGAUUCGGAAUGAAAACCAUUCCUGUCACUGCUCAAAUGACUGUCUAGCCUGGGGAGACUGCUGCACCAACUACAUGACAUGCUGUAAAGGAGAUAGUCCAUGGCUCCAGGAUGAAUGUGACGAUAUGAAGGCCGCUGAAUGCCCUGCAGGAUUUGUGCGCUCACCACUCAUAAUUCUUUCAUUGGAUGGUUUCCGAGCUUCUUACAUGAAGAGGGGGAAUACUGUCAUACCUAACAUUGAAAAGCUGAGAUCAUGUGGAACCCAUGCACCAUUUAUGCGACCUAUGUACCCUACCAAAACCUUCCCCAACCUGUACUCACUGGCUACGGGUCUCUAUCCAGAGUCUCAUGGUAUCAUUGGUAACACCAUGUAUGACCCUGUCUUUGAUGCCAUGUUCACCUUGAGAAGCAGAGAGAAACUUAAUCACCGCUGGUGGGGAGGGCAACCAAUCUGGAUCACAGCACUCAAACAAGGCGUGAAAGCAUCUUCCUUUUUCUGGCCUGUCACUAUCCCACUGGAACAGCGGAUACUGACCAUAUUGCAGUGGCUACACCUUCCUGGGGUAGAGAGACCCUAUGUUUACGCUGUGCACUUUGAGCAGCUCGACAUAUUUGGACAUAAAAUGGGACCCAUGAGCAUUGAAGUGAGUAUCUUGUUGGCAGUUUUAAACUCAAUAAAUGUAUUUGAGGAUCAUAACUCUCUUUGUGUGUUCCAGUUGAAUAAUCCUCUUAGAUUGAUUGAUAGGAUCAUUGGUCAACUCAUGGAUGGACUUAAGCAGAUGAAAUUGCACCGAUGUGUCAACAUCAUCAUAGUUGGGGAUCAUGGUAUGGAAGAGGCUCAUUGUGAUCAAACAGAAUUCCUCAGUAAUUACUUGACAAAUGCUGAUGAUGUCAUUCUUAUUCCUGGAUCCUUUGGCAGAAUACGCCCUAGAUUCCCGACCAACCCAAAAUAUAACCCCAGUGCAAUUCUUGCAAAUCUAACUUGUAAGAAGGCAGACCAGCAUUUCAGGCCUUACUUAAAACAGAAUCUGCCAAAGAGACUGCACUACGCCAAUAACCGACGGAUUGAGGAUCUACAUCUCCUGGUGGAGAGGAAGUGGCUCAUUGCCAGGAAAGUACCUGGUGUUAAGAGACUUUGUGACUUGUUUGGUGACCAUGGAUAUGACAAUAAAAUCAACAGUAUGCAGACAAUUUUCUUGGGAUAUGGGCCAUCUUUUAAAUUCAAGACUAAAGUUCCUGUCUUUGAAAACAUUGAGCUUUAUAAUGUUAUGUGCGAUCUUCUAGGUCUCACACCAGCACCCAAUAAUGGAACACAUGGCAGUCUGAACCACCUACUGAGAAACCCUUUCUACAAACCCACAAUGCCAGAGGAAGUUUCAAGGCCAACCACUUCAACUCAUGUUCAUACUGGAACAGAUGACCUUCGCUGCAACUGCAAUUACAAGUCUCAAAUAAAAAGGCAGGACCAAAGAGGGGUAAAAGUGACCAUGGCACGAGGCUAUAAUUUGGAGUCACUCUGGCUCUGUUUCUUACAGAAUCAAGUAGAUGAACUAAACCAGCGACUGAAGCAAGCUACUGAUGACAAUAGGAAUAUGCCAUACGGUCGACCUGCAGUUCGGUACAAUGUAAGGUAUUCAAUUCUGCACCAAACUGACUAUAUCUGUGGCUACAACGAGGAUCUUGCAAUGCCUCUCUGGACAUCAUACAGCGUUAGCCCACAGGUUGAAGUUUCUGCUUUGCCUGAAGUGCUGACCAACUGUGUUCGGCCAGAUGCCAGAAUUCGAUCAGCCUUCACCCAGUCCUGUACAAACUACAAAGCAGAACAGCAUCUCACAUAUGCCUUCCUAUACCCACCACAAUUAUCUACAGGCAUCAACAAAAAGUAUGAAGCUGUGUUCAUAACCAACACCGUUCCCAUGUAUCCUGCAUUCAAGAGAAUAUGGGCUUAUUUUCAGCGAGUCCUUUUGAAGAAAUAUUCUACUGGAAGAAAUGGGAUGAAUGUUCUCACUGGACCAAUAUUUGACAAUGACUUUGAUGGUGUAAAGGACUCUACUGACAAGAUUAAAGCGUAUGCGCAUGGUACAGUAGCCAUCCCAACUCACUUUUUUGUGGUUCUAACCAGCUGCUUAGACUUCAGACAGACUGCAGAUUCUUGUGGUGGCCCCCUCAGCUCUGCUGCAUUCAUCUUGCCACACCAUCCAAACAAUGAUGAGACAUGCAAUGGUUCAGAUGAGGAUCUUAACUGGGUGGAGGACCUGAUGAAGAUCCACACAGCCCGUGUCAGAGAUGUUGAAAUCCUGACAGGUCUGGACUUCUAUCGGAGAACCACCCGGAGUUAUGCUGAAAUCCUCUCCCUGAAGACUUAUAUGCAAACCUAUGAGACUCCCAAGGAUGCUGAAAGAAAUAAUCUCUCCAUUAUGUCCUGGGACGUCUGCUUCCUGUGGGAUAUGCCAGGAACAUCUUACCAGGGAGGCUUCCAGGAGGAAUCGACAUCAGAUGCCCCAGCCACCUCAUUUGGCUCCUCUCAAUGCAGAAGUGCACCGCCUCCACUCUGAGCCACUCACAGAUAACCAUGCUUCAAACCCAAUCUCUAAGGGAGAGCUCAGACAUCCUGUGGAGGAAACUCACUUUGGCUUCUUGUAUUAGCGUUAGGGUUUCAGUUAAGACCCAUAAUUCCCAAUUUUCUUUUGAUAUUUUUUUGUGACGCCACCAUUUUUGUCGAACAGCAUUUUUCCGUUAUUGUGAUUUCAGUAGUUUCAUCAUGUCACAUUUUUGUUUGUUUUGUUUUGGUGUUUUAUGUGCUACUUGCCCCACAUUUGCCCGUCGCCCUCUGCAUGGAGGUCUACAUAUUGUUUUGUUCAUGUGUUUGAGUGUUUCAAAAGAUGCAUUUGCGAGCCGACAUCAAACAAUAGAAAAUUAUUGUGGAAAAUGAAAUUAGGACGAGAAGACAGAACAUCCAUCCAUCCAUUUUUUGAGCUGCUUAUGCUCACAAGGGUCGUGGGAGUUUUUGGGAUGUGGGAGAAAACCGGAGUGCCCGUGGAAAACCCAUGGAGGCACAGGGAGAACAUACGAACUCCACACAGGCGGGCCGGGGUUUCAACCCCAGUCCUCAGAACUGUGAAGCCAACACUCGAACCAGUUGUGCCACCAUGCCACCAAUUUGUUUUGGUGUUUUAUGUGCUUGUUUGUUUUUUGUUUCGCGUCAUUCCUACGCUGCAAAAUAUGUCUACUUGCCGCACAUUUGCCCGUCGCCCUCUGCAUGGAGGUCUACAUAUCGUUUUGUUCAUGUGUUUGAGUGUUUCAAAAGAUGCAUUUGCGAGCCAACAUCAAAGAAUAGAAAAUUAUUGUGGAAAAUGAAAUUAGGACGAGAAGACAGAACAUCCAUCCAUCCAUUUUUUGAGCUGCUUAUGUUCUCAAGGGUUGUGGGAGUUUUUGGGAUGUGGGAGAAAACUGGAGUGGUUGUAGAAAACCCAUGCAGGCACAGGGAGAACAUGCGAACUCCACACAGGCAGGCCGGGGUUUCAACCCCAGUCCUCAGAACUGUGAAGCCAACACUCGAACCAGUUGUGCCACCAUGCCACCAGACAGAACUUUGCCAAGAAAAAGAUGAAGAUUGUUACUAAUGACUAUCCAUCCCAUCCAUUCAUCCAUCCAUCCACUCCCACUUUUUCAGGUCCGGGGGUAGUAGAUUUUGCACGGUUACCUAGACUUCCCUUUCCCCAGCCAUGUUGUCCAGCUCUUCCGGAGGGAUCCCGAAGAGUUCCUAGGCCAACCGAGAGACAAAGUCUCUCCAGCGUGUCCUGGGUCAUCCCCAGAGUCUCUUUCCAGUGGGACAUGGCAGUGUGAUGUCCGGGAGGCAUCUGAACCAGAUGCCCCAGCCGCCUCAUCUGGCUACUCUCAAUGCGGAAGAGCGGCAGCUCGACACUAAGCCCCUCCCGGAUUACUGAGCUUCUCACCCUAUCUCUAAGGGAAAGUCCUGACACUCUGCGGAGGAAACUAAUUUCUCCCGCUUCACUCCACACGCUGGACUGAUCCACCUGUUGUUCUCCCGCUCCAUUCUUCCCUCACUUGUGAACAAGACACCAAGAUCCUUGAACUCCUCUACUUGACACAGGAUCUCAUCCCUGACCCAGAGAAGGCACUACAAAUCCACACUGUUGUAACACUUGGAGAAUGUGGUUUGGCGUUGUCAGCUGACAUAAGGAGUGGUAUCCAUGAUGCUUGGAUGGCAGCAUAUGAAGAGUUUGUUUUCAAAACGAGACAUAGGCAUUUUUUUCAGAUUUACGAAACUCGCGCCAAAAUUAUCCAGCUCCGAAUGGAUAAUUUUGGCGCGAGUUUCAUAAAUCUGAAAAAAAUGCCUGUCUCGUUUCGAAAUCAAAGUCUUCAUAUGUUUCUCAAAAAACUGUAUGUACAGUACCUGUCACUGUUCUGGUGCCUUCACUAAGCUAUCCACACAACCCCAUACCAUCAGACAUACAACCUAUCAAACUUUGCGUCUGUAACAGUCCAGAUGGUUCUUUUCCUCUAUGACCCGGAAGACACGAGAUUCACAAAACUAUCUGAAAUGUGAACUAAUUGCACUUUUCCACUUUGCUUCAGUCCAUCAAAGAUGAGCUUGAGCCCAGAAAAGCCAGCGGUACUCCUGUGUGUUGUUGAUAAAUGGCACGUGCUUUGCAUAGCAGAGUUUGAAGUUGUAGUUGUGCAUAUAGCGCUGAAUUGUAUUCACUGAGAUUGGUUUUCUCAAGUGUUCCUGAGCCACCGGAUGAUAUCCUUUACACAUUGAGUUUAGUUUUUGAUCCUUUGCCACCUGAGCGAUAGAAGGUCAAAGUUGGUACUCACAUUUGGCCCUUGCAGCUUCCAUGUGAAGAAUUCUCCCGAUUCUCUGAACCAUUUGAUGAUAUUAUGGACUGUAGAUAGAUGUAAAUCCCUAAAUUCCUUGCAAUUUUACAUUGAGGAACUUUUCUACAAUUUUCUCACACACUUGUUCACAACGAGGUGAACCUCACCCCAUUCUUUGCUUGUGAAUAACUGACCAAUUCACCAAUGCACCUUUUUCCCCAAUCAUGGCACUCACCUGUUUCCAAUUAGCCUGUUCACCUUGGGGAUUUUCCAAAUUUUUGAUGAAUACUACUCAGGUUUCUGUCUCUUCUGCUACCUGUCACAUCUUUUUUGGAAGAUGUUGUACCCACAAAAUUCCAAGUUCCUGAUUAUUUAGUAAAAACAAAAGUUUAUCAGUUUAAACAUUAUCUUGUCAUUGCAGUGCAUUCGAUUAAAUUGAACAUGAUUUGCAAAUCAUUGUGUUCUGUUUUUAUGUUUAACAAACACCCCAACUUCAUUGGAAUUGGGUUUGUAUUAGUUUUGGAAUAAUUCAACGAUGCUUAAUUUUACUAA